AUGGCGGACAUCAACCUGCAAAAGAUCCACGAUGAUCUCGUGGCCAUCGCCUACGAGGCGGGAGCUAUGAUAAUGGCGGCCAACCCGAACAGCAUCUCGACCGGCACGAAGCUGAAUUCUGUCGACAUCACCUUGUACCCGACGUUCCUCUUCGUCGGCGAGGAGACAUACGUCGCGGGCGAGACCAAGAUCACCGACGAGCCAACCUUCAUCGUCGACCCAAUCGACGGCACAACGAACUUCAUCCACGGGUUUCCCAAUGCGUGCAUCUCCCUCGGCUUCGCGGUGAGCCGCAAACCCAGCGUCGGAGUCGUCUACAACCCCUUCCAGGACCUCCUGUACACAGGCAUCGCGGGCAAGGGCGCCUACGCGCAGCGCAACGCCUCGCUGGCCGCAAGGGGCAUCCUCAAGGACGGCGGCGAGGGCUGCGAGCGGGUGCGGCUCCCGGCGUCGGGCAGGGGCGACGGGAAGAAGGCCCCCCCGCUGGGCGACCUCUCGACGGCGCUCGUGGCGGCCGAGUGGGGGUCCAGCCGCGACGGGCCCAACUUCGACGUCAAGGUCGAGACGUUCCGCAAGCUCGCUGCCAGCAAGGAGACGGGCGGUGCCAUGGUCCACUCGCUGCGCAACCUGGGCUCCGCGGCGCUCAACCUCUGUGCCGUUGCCGAGGGGGCCCUGGAUCUGUACUGGGAGGGCGGGUGCUACGCCUGGGACGUCUGCGCGGGCUGGUGCAUCCUCGCCGAGGCGGGCGGCAUCGUUGCGAGUGGCAACCCCGGGGACUGGGACCCGCCGCUGGACUCGAGGGUCUAUCUCGCCGUGAGGGGUGCGCCUAGCGGCCAGAAGGAGAUCGUGGAGGAGGUGUGGAAGGUGAUUGGCGAUGGGAAGAUGGAGUACAAGCAUUAG